AUGGCGGCCGAACACAAUACGUACUGGAAAAAUGUCGUGACUAUCGUGCCUAUUGUUGGGGCUAGUAUAGCUACCAUUGUCUACCUGUUGCGUCUGUACUCUCGGCGACUGGCUGCUGUGGGGCUGCUGCUAGAGGAUGUACUCAUGGGGAUUGGGCUGAUAAUUUCCUACUGUGCUACGGCAUUUGUGGUGCAGACUGCCUUCAAUGGAGUCGGUCUGUCAGUCGCAUCGCUACCACCUGACAGACGGGAACGUAUUCAAUUUGGAUCGUGGAUGAUACAGAAAUUCUGGGCCCCAUCCAUGGCCUUUGUGAAGAUUUCCAUCGUCGUCUUCCUUAAACGUCUCCUCGGGUCUGUCCGUGUAUUCUCCAUUGUUUCAAAUUGCUUGAUCGUCUUCAUCGCCGUAUGGGCCAUCACUGCACUGUUGGUCAAUACUUUUCAAUGCAUACCGGUGCAGUACUAUUAUGACAAGACUUUGAAAGGACACUGCAUGAAGGGACAGGUGAAAUUCUUUCAGGCUAUGGGUUCAAUUGCAUUGGUCGAAGAUAUCAUCAUUCUCUGCUUGCCGAUUCCUAUUGUCUGGAGGUUGCAGAUGGUCUUUCGGCAGAAGCUAGCGGUAACCUUGGUGUUUUCUCUCGGUGCACUUGUCUGCAUCUUCAGUUUCAUGCGCCUGAUUGAGUUUCGGAACUUUGUACUCACUGACCUUGCUUCUUCUAGCGCCAAAGAGUCCAUCUGGACCUGCCUCGAACUCGACGUCGCCAUCAUCUGUGGUAGCCUCCCACUCCUCAAACCACUUGUGCAGGGAUUUCUUGGAAAGGUCAAAAGUGGUGUAUCGAGAGAUCGCUCGCAGCCCUCUACCAACACAAAACUCCACUCAUCGCGCACUACAAACGAUGGCUUUCGACAAAUCAGUGACCAACAUAGAAAGUGGGCUGGAUCAAAGAAUGCUACAACUAUUGCUACGCAGAGUAGACAUAGUUCUGAUGUGGAGUUGAAUGCGAUUACGGCGCAUACAAGUGUUCGGCGAGAUACAGAUGGACCGUCGGAUGUGAGUAGUGCGGACUCUGUGUUGAAUCGUGAAUGGGAACACGAUACGAUCUCUAAAAGCUAG